CGACUGGGGAAAUACCAUGCCUUGUCAUUUAUGUGUAAAUUUGACGAUCCAAUUGGAUUUAAAGAAAUAUCAACUCAGAUCUUAAAAUUAUCGAGCUUUCCACUGGAUUUUGCAUUUCCAACAAAAGAGGCUUUCAGACAUUGCAUGCUCCGCGGUGUUGAACCACUGGAAGGAGACCCAAAGCACCGGGCUGGGUUGGCGAAACUGUGUGCUAAUAUAGACACUGUCAGAGGUCGGAUGGAUGGAUUACGUGGUCGACUCCGGGCCUUUGACCGUAGUAGCCCAUGGAGAUUUCCACCCAAAUAAUAUGAUGUUCAAGUAUGAUGCUGAAGGUGAACCUGUGGAGGUUACGUUCUACGACUUCGCUAUGAUCAGACUCUGUUCGCCGGCAAUUGACACGAGUCUUGUCUUGUUCUCCAGUACUGUUCCAGGGAUGAUUAAUAAUCGCUGGGAUGACCUCCUAAAUGUAUAUUAUAGUGCUGAGUCGCGUCAGAUGGAUGACUGUUGCGCAUUCCGGCCACCUCUGGAUGCAGUGAAACUGGACCUUGGGAAGAAAGGAAUUUAUUCCUUCUACUAUGUUUCAUUCGUUAUCCCAAACUUCAUCAGUAUUAUAAGCGGUGGCACCUUGCUCGAUCCGCCAAAUUUAGAGGGUUUAGACGAUGUUGAAGUGGAAGCCACGAUGAAGUCUUACAUAGCACGGCGUAGGGAGCUGGGAGGUGCCAAAGCAACCGAAUUAUUGACUGAAAUUACAAGGCUAAUGCUUGAUAAAAAUUUCACCUUCGAAUAGUAGGUCACGCCAUCAGUUUUCAACGCAAAUUCAUGGAAAAAAUGAUGAAUUUGAGUGAUUCAGCUUUAUAUCAUGAAUGGUGCCUGCCUAAGCUUGAGAGUCAGUGUCAAACUGUUUGUUGACCAAUAACAAAGGCGGCUUAUGGAAGAGCGACUGCACAUUGCACAAGGCACCAUCAAAACAAAUGAGCUGAAAUGAAGGACAACGAAGAUCGUAAACUUUGUCACAACCAACAGACAAUGCGUAAUCUAUUGGCAAGUACAGUCCACUUAAGGACAGCCUUCAAUUUUGCCGCAUAGGCAACAAACAUACCAGAGGGCGCGAAUGGUUAUAAAUAAAAAAAAUGCACACUUACAUCAUUCUAUCAAAUUUAAUUCAACCUAUAUCACUCAAACUUAAAAAAAUUGCGACCUGAAAAGUAUCCAAUUGCGCUGAUCCGUCAUUUUCGAGUUUGAGUCAGUAGUUUUUUACUUUGUCUUCGAUAGACUUAUUUUGAAGAACUAUUACACAAUAAAGGUACAAUCGUUAAUACCAGGUUAAAAAAUUGUAUUUUCGGAUAUUGGAUAAUGAUUCUUUAAAAGUUGAUGAAAUGUGGUCCUUAAACUUAAAAAUGCAGGGAGAAUCACUGUUGACGAAGAAAAUGAGGUUAUGUCACUUUUUUUUUCAAUUUUCCAUUUCAUAUUAACUAAAUAAAAUAAUGAAUAUACUUGAAA